CCAACGUUGACCUUAAAUAAAAUUCGCCUGAUUCCAUGAAGAUGACGCUCGUCCAGAAGAUUUCCUCCGUCUUUGCCUUUCGCACUCUUCCGACAACCGUGCUUGCGUCUCUCAUCUAUCUCGCCAUCUUUAUCUCCCUGCUUGUUACGGAUGGCCUCCCAGCAGUGCCAAAGAAUAGGAAGGGUCUGGAUUUAGAUCAGGCGUACUUGGACCUUCACAAGAUUGCACAACGACCACAUCCGUACAACUCUCAUGCAAACGACGCGGUCAGAUCUUAUAUUUUGAAGCGUGUUCACGACAUAGCUGCUGGACACAGGCAUAUUCAUGUCGUCGAUGAUAUGGUAUCGAAUGGUUCCUGGUCUUCUAAAGCAUGCGGAGUGUAUUUCGAAGGAACGAACAUUUUGGUCAAGAUUGAUGGCACAGAGAAGGAGUACACUGAACACGGCGGAGUCUUAUUCUCGGCGCACUACGACUCCGUCUCUACUGCACCCGGUGCUACAGACGACGGAAUGGGCGUGGCGACGCUACUUCAGCUUAUCGAAUUCUUUGUCAAGAAUAGGCCAAAACGGACGGCUGUCUUUAACAUUAACAACGGGGAAGAGGACUCGUUGAACGGUGCCCAUGCAUUCCUGGCCCACCCAUGGUCUAACAUCACAGAUACAUUUCUCAAUUUGGAAGGCGCGGCAUCAGGAGGGCGCCCUAUCCUUUUUCGUGCGACCUCGAGUGCGCCACUGCUCUCAUUCCUUAAUACGCAUGUUCCCCAUCCUCAUGCCAGCGUCCUAUCACAAGACGCCUUUGCACGAGGCGUCAUUCGAUCCGGCACAGAUUACGAAGUAUAUUCCGCCGGCGCAGACAUCGCUGGAUUGGACCUGGCGUUCUACAAAGGAAGAAGUAAAUAUCACACCAAAUUCGACGCCAUUCCUUAUACCGUAGGGCAGACACGCGCUCUGUGGGCGAUGAUGGAAGCUGCCAGAGGUUCCGGUGUCGCUCUGGUUAAUGACGAUGGACCAAUGCAUAGUAAGACUUCAAGUUCCGCUGUGUAUUUUGAUUUGUUCGGGGCCGCUCUUAUCCUAUUUCCCUUAACUUCCUUGUUCACUUUCAAUACGGUAUUGCUGGUUGUCGGCCCCGUGGUUCUCAUCCUAUUCUUGGUGUGUGAGGCCGCUAUCCGACAUAAUAGACGAAACGGCGAGAACGGUAGUGCCCCUGGUAGUCACGAUAACUUCUGGGGUUACUUCUGGAACUCAGUAAUCUCAUUGCGGUGGUUAAGCGGAUUUUGGAGAUGGUCUAAAUUCUGGUUUGCUAUCCUUGUGACGGCAGGACUACAAGUUCUUUUGGCCCUCUCGUUUUUAAAACUCAAUACCUUCAUCAUCCACUCAUCGCCGUACCUUGUAUUCUUAUCGUUCUUCACGUUGGCAUAUCUGUCCCUUGUUCUCAUUCUGCAGCUUCCUAUCCCUUUCCAGAAAGCGUCGGUACCAGAACUGCAGAAGCAGACCAUUCUCUUACAGACGUACUUUUUGACAUGGGUUCUUCUGCUUCUUGCUACCAUCGCCAUCAGUAAAGCUGGCGUCGGUGGUGUCUAUUUUGUCACGGGAUGGAACGUGCUAGUGUUCUUAGCAUGCUGCAUUGGAUGCGUUGAGGGAAUGGUUGGUGCCGAGGGUACAACACCCUUUCUUGUCCUUGUCAGGGAGUUCACUCCUCCGACUGAGGAAGAACAAGUUGCAGGGGAAGAACCGACGGAAAAUACUCCGUUGAUACCCAGGACGAGGCAUGAUGUCCAUGUCCUAGGUCAAGAGGAAACUGGCGCUAUUGGAUGGUGGAUACUGCAGAUGUUCAUCGUUGUUCCCGCGCCAGUGAUUUUAGUAUCUCAUAUUGCUCUGAUUACGCUUUCGUCUAUGUCGCAGACUUUAUCGGACGGAAGCAGCGCAGUAAUAGUCUACGCGGCUGUAGCUUCUCUCGCUUGUUUGACGAUUCUCCCGAUUGCCCCGUUCAGCUUCAAAUUACACCGCUUUGUGGCCUACAUAUUUGGCGUCAUCUUCAUUCUUGUAACGCUCUAUUUCUGGUUCGCAUUUCCCUUCUCUCAGGAAGAGCCACUGAAGGCCUAUUUCCUACAAAACGUGUCCCUUUCUCCCGCUCAAACUGGAGCCGGCCAGGUCCUUCAAGCUGUCACGACACUCACUGGAGCAUCUGAUUACAUCAUGAAACUGAUAUCGUACCUGCCUUCGGCGUCUGGUCAAGACAUCUCUUGUAACUCCUCGCAGGCAAGGUUGUCUCUACUAUCGUGCAGCUGGAAGACCGAUCUCAUUCCUUUGCCUGGUGGUAACCAUACGUCAGAUAUUUGGCUUCAGACGAACGUUACCCGUCUUGGGACUUCAUCAGCUCGAAUCUCUGUCCAAGGCCAAAAUACACGUUCAUGCCGAAUAUAUUCCGACACCAACCCGAUUAUUCGAUAUAAUAUACAUGAAGGGAGCGUCGGGAUGCAGCCUCGGUACGAAAUACCAGAGGGUGGAAUCAAGGAGCUGCGGUUAUGGAGCCGAACUUGGGAUAGGAACUUUACUGUCGAUGUUGAGUGGAUUGACAACUCUCCGGAUAUGGGAGGAAGAGUCGCUUGUGAGUGGAACGAGUACGAGAGCGGCAGCAUUGGUGUUGGUACAGGUGGCCAAAUUCCAGCGCUAGAAGAGAUGUUGAUGUUUCUACCAAAGUGGGCCGUGGUGACGAAGAUGACAGAUGGAUUGGUGGAAGUCUCUUCUGAGUUUUUGUUAUAAGCGGGCGUAUAUCAACGGACAUAUAGCAUAGCCCUGUAAGAGUAAAAUAUGUGCUCCAAGCAUUGUGUGGUAAUUGUGAGAGCAAGGAUGUUAAAAGUGCUUAUAGACGCAGGCGAGAAAAGUAUCAAGGAAGGAUGC